AUGAUAUCAACGCCACAAGUCUUCCUUGACGCCCUUCGCCACGGCUACACUCUCAUGGGCAGCGACAUUUCGCUCCUGGUGUUCGACGAAGCCUACCACGCCGUUGACAAGUAUCCCUGCAAAUUCUACCGAAAACAAGACAGCGGAAAAUGCACGCCCGAUGAUGCUGGGAAUGUUGAGAAAGCCUUCAGGACCGUCGAGAGUAACUUCAAAAGUGGAAUUCGGCUACCUCGCCGUAAUCAUGAGGAGAUCGCCCAGUAUGUGCAUCGCCGUCUUCAAACACGUAGGGUACAUCCGGUCCGAAGACGCCUUUUCCGCGAACCUCGCAGCAUUAUCUGCGGUCCUCAAAACAAUGAAUAUCGAAAACGAUCCCUACGUGAAAUCCAGCUCUCUCGGGCGGCUCUCGGUUCUCCAGAAUACGAACGUAUCGAUCAGAAGCUCUCCAAGGUUAUCGAGAAGGAGAGUUCCUUCACGCAUACUUAA